AGAGCAAGGACUUUCUUUUUCAGGCCGGGUAGGUUGCCCACCAACAACUCAAGUAAACGGUCAAAUAGAUUAAGAGUCGGCAGCACAAUCACCAGCCAUCCUUUGAAGAAACGUAAUAUUUAGGAAUUAAAUCGCCAUUAUUGAUCACACGAAAUACUAACAAGUAAAAUCGAAAAAGAAGGCACAAGAAGAGGCGCAUAGAAACAUUUUCAUACUCGAUGACAUUACAUCGCAAUGUCCGAUCGUUUGGGGCAAAUAACCAAGUCCAAGGAUGGGAAAAGCAAGUAUUCAUCACUCAGCCUAUUUGAUAAGUACAAGGGAAAGUCUAUAGAAACACAGAAAACCGCAGCAGUUCCGCGACAUGGCUUACAGAGUCUUGGCAAAGUGGCCGCAGCCCGGCGCAUGCCCCCACCUGCUCACCUGCCGAGCCUGAAGUCAGAGAACAAAGGAAACGAUCCCAACGUGAUUAUCGUGCCCAAAGACGGAACAGGAUGGGCAAACACACAGGAACAAACCGAUCAAAAGAGUUCCAUUGCAUCAACAGCACAGCUGCCGGAGUUGCAGCCACAGCUGGCUUUGCAGAAAUCUGUCUCCAAUCUCCAGAAGCCCACACCGGUAGCCAGUCAGGAGAGCACAAACACAGGUGGACCAAAGCAAUGGGCCCAGCUAAAUGGAAAGGCCGUAGAACUAGAUGGUUUAAGGGCUUCAAACCGACUGCAGCCCUUCUCUCACGAGGAAUUUCCAACACUGAAGGCUGCUGGGGAACAGGACAAGGCUGGCAAGGAAAGAAGCGCCUUCGAUCCGUCGUAUGGGCCCGGACCAAGCCUCCGCCCCCAGAAUGUGACAAGUUGGAGGGAGGGUGGUGGGAGGAACCUUGUGCCCUCAUCCCUGCCAGCAGGCCUGCCCUCAGAUUCCGAGGGCAAGGCCAGCGGCGUAGCUGAGACUGGGAGCCCCCCUCCACCUCUUCCCCCCUCUGCCGCCCUCUCUGCCUCUAUGAUCAGUCCCACCCCUGCCACCAUUGUCAGCGCCCCUCCAGUCCUAGAGCCCAAGGAGCCCUCUCUGCGCCCUGCCCAGCCCCUCCGCAGGCCCACCCCCCCUGCCCUGAACCAUCACCAGCUCCACCACCCUACCACCACCACCACCUACCACGACAUGCUGCCUGCCUUCAUGUGCACCAAAGAGACUCGUGAUGCUCCCGGCACUGCUGAACACACUGGCCCUGUCACUGUGGUCGCCCCAGUUCGCUUUGACAACCGGCCCACCUUCAGACAGCCCUACCCCAACAUCAACCAAGAGCCUGUCAAUGGUGAGGUUAGGAGAGAAGAAAACCGCUUCAUCCGUGGGCCCUCUCGCAACCCCUCCUCCAGACCCAUCCGUCGGCCCGGUGACAGACCCCCUCGUCCGGCCAUCAUCAACCCAGAGGACCUGAAGGAUCUGGACGAGCUGGACAACGACUGUGAAGACGGCUGGGCAGGUAUCCAUGAAGAAGUGGAUUAUGGCGAGAAACUCAAGUUCAGUGACGAUGAGGAGGAGCACGCCGAAAAGAACAAGAUGUGGGCUGAAUGGGAGAACCAGCGUCGCGAGCACCAGUUGUCGCUGAGCUCAGGAGAGGGGGCGUACCCCCAGGAGGGCCCUGAGGAGGAGGCUUACCUGGCCUUCCAGGAACAGAUGGCCCACAGGAAGACUAACAGCAGGUUCCCCUCUGGAGAACCACAGGCCCAGCAGAAGAGCUCCGGGCCUGGCAUGGCCCACCAGGGUGAACCCCUGGACGACCAGGAGGAGCGCCAGGGCCCUGCCCGGGCCAAGUUUGUAUCACCGGAACUCUCGGAGGCAGUGGAGAGAGCUCGGAGGCGCAGGGAGGAGGAGGAGAGACGCGCCCGUGAGGAGAGACUCGCCGCCUGCGCCGAGAAGCUCAAGAGGCUAGACGAGAGGUUUGGGAAGACGGAGAGACAGUUGUCAAGGUCUGAGGAUGGAGUGAAGGAUGCAGAGAGCAAGGAGGCAGCACUGUCUCCUGGGAGAGAGAGCAAAACCCACCAGGAGAGCUGGCAAUAUGGCAUGAAAGACACUGAGUGUCCCUUGGAGCACUCCCCCGGCCAGCAGGACUACAGGGAAGAGGGCACCUUGGGCUUCGCCCCCUACCGCAUUGAGGACGAUGGCGGGGCUGAUCCCACUUCUCCCCUGCCCGACUACACAAACCACCAGGCCUCCAAGCCCCUCCCGCCCCGCUUCCAAAAGCAGCAGCAGGACCAAGUGUAUAAAAUGCAGCACUGGCAGCAGCAGCAGUCUGGCCACCCCGCCCCCUCUGGCUCCAGCCACCCCCCGAGGGGGUACUACCCCCCACACAUGCUGGGCUUCGACCCCCGCUGGAUGAUGAUGCCCCCUUUCUUGGACCCCCGCAUGGCCCAGGGCCGCUCCCCCGUGGACUACUACCCCAACGCUGUCCACUCUUCAGGAAUGAUGAAAUCGAUGAUGCAGCCAGACCACCUGAACAGCCCAGGGUCCGCCUCUGACGAUGGCUGCCAUCCCAGCAUGCAUCAGGAGAGGAGGGCCCCCUCCACCGAGCCCUACCCCGUGUGGAACCAAGAUGGCUACCCCCCUCGCAGUUUCACCCCACCCUACCAGAGACAGCACGAGAGCUCAGACAGGAGCCAGCCAGACGACCGGAGUGACAGGACAUGUUCCCAGCAGGACUUGUACGAAGAGAGUGGCAACGAGUGCCUAGACCACCCAUCUGGUGACCUCUCCCAUCAGGCCUACCACCAGAGCAAAGAUCCCGACAGGGAUCACCACCCGCACGACCCAGGCCUGCUCUCCUCAGCCCCGAGCCGGCCCCAGCAGCCGCAUGCAGACAGCGACUACCCCAAACAGGAGCCCAAAGACAGGUACCUGAAGGACGGCACUGAACCCUGUGAUGAAGUUUUCGACACCUCCAAGGAAAAGGUUUUUGACUCAGACUUCCAUAGGCGAGAUGGAGGCCAGAAGAAGGAAGUUGGUGUUGGUGGUCAGAACCAGUGGUCUGAUCCUGGCUCCAGCUCCCCUGCCAGCAGUGUAAGCCAGCCCUCUGAGACUGGCGGUAGGACCCUGACCCGUAGGACCGGUCCCAUCAAGAAGCCUGUGCUAAAGGCCCUCAAAGUGGAGGACAAGGAGAACGAGAAGCCCAAAGUGGAGGCUGAGGAGAAGGUAGUCCCUUACCGCCUGGAAAAGGAGGUGCUCACCAACGUAUAUGACCUGAAGAAAGACAACCAACCCCUAGUAAGUAACAGACGCUCGGCCUCGCCUGCUAUCGAGAAGCAGCCAGAAGAGAAGCAACAACCACCAGCUCCUGCUAAAAUAGAGCGGCCAGCCAGUACCCACAGUGAGGAUUUGCCGAAGGAGAACAGCUGGGACAGCGGAAAGAGCCAGUCCUCCAGAGACAGCCAGGAGAGCAGGGAGCCUGGUGCACCACGACGCAACAACUGGAUCUUCAUCGAUGAGGAGCAGGCCUUUGCCGGAGCCAGGGGAACGGGUAGAGGUCGGAGCCGUGGCGGCUUCAGGGAGUUCAGUUCCAGAGGAGACCGUGGUGGCCGGGGAGGCCGAGAGAACCCCAGAGGAGGCUACAACAACAAUAUCAACAGCAGGGACGCCGCUGGAACCCAGAGACCAGGCAGAGGCAGAGGACUGCCCAGGGACUUUGUCAAGGUGGAGGACCUGCAGAGGGGGAAGCCGAGGAGGCGCAACGUCAGCGAGACUCUGAGCGAGACCUCAGAGUACGAGGAGCUGCCCAAGCGGCGACGCCAGAAGGGCUCUGAAAACGGAGAGGGUGGCAGCUACCCAGAGCAGGGAGAGACCAGGAAGGCGGACCGAGACUCUUGGAGGUCCAACAAGGUGUACACGGAAGAACAGGCGGCCAGUGACGCCCGCGACAAGGCCAAAGCCAGCAGCAGGGGGUUCGGAGGCUUCGGCCGCUCGCUGCCUCCCAGACUCGAUACUGGCAGGGGCUACAACACCAGCCGAGGGUUCAACAAUGGCUCCAGAGACAUCUCCACCUGGAGGGGGCGGGGGACUCAGUUUGGCAGUGGCGGUGGGCCCAUGCAGGAGAACGGCUACGGCUUGGGCACCGAGACCUAUUCCAGGAGACCACCUGCAGAGCGUGAGCCCCUCAAAUACACCCCCAAGUUUACUGGCUCUACCGGUUCCUUCAUGGAGAACGGCGCUGAGGACCGCAGCGGGGAGGGCGAGUACUACAUCGACAGCGACAACCCUGGACAACAGCCGUUGAGAAGACGGAGGCCGCCGCGCCAGGACAAGCCCCCGCGUUUCCGCCGACUACGUCAAGAGAGGGAGCCCGGCAGCGGCCAGUGGACCAGCGAUGAGUACAUCAACGGAUCAGAAGGAUUCGCGAACCCCUGGCCGAGCCGCUCCAAGGAGGGAGGUAAAGAGGACGGCUGGUCCAGUGGCCACUACUCCGGAGGGGGGGGUAGGUCCGGUGGUCAGCACGGCCAGGCGGAGGACUGGGAGACUGGCUCAGAGAACAGCGACUUCAGCGACUGGAGGGAGAAGCGUGGUGGAGGGCAGCAGCAGCAGGCCCACGGGGGAGAUGUGCACUCAGACUCAGGCCACGGAGAUCCUGGGUCUGGAGAGAAGAGGGAGCUGGCCAAGAGGAGUUUCUCCAGCCAGCGCCCCCUGGUGGACCGGCAGAACAGGAAGGGUGAGGUGGAUGGGAACAAGAUGACACGCUCUUCAGAGAACCCUAACGCUCUGCCCUCCUGUAACAGGAACGACGGCUGGCAGAAUGGAGGGUCCUCCAACCAUAAGAGCAGGAGCCCAGAGGAGUCAGGCCCAGUCUACAAUGUUGAGCAGUCUGAAGAGGGCCACAAGGCCAACGAACCCUCGGGGAAGAAGCUGGACAAGGAGCUGAAGCCCAGGUCUGUGAAGGGAGACCUGGCCAAACCACUGUCUCAGUACGACCUCAACAGCUACCCCAUUGAGGGGGAUUCUGGGGGUCCUAGUCUAGACGGGUUCCAAGACCUGUCCAAGAAACAGCUGCGGCGCCCACAGGAAGACGACAGAAGGAGAAAGGAACAAGGAGCUCCUGUUCCAGUAAAGAACAGACCGAUCACCUCCAAGAUGCCCCCGCGGUUUGCCAAGAAGCAGGGUGGCAUGACCAUUGAUCAGCCAGAAGAGGGACUCUCUGCCAACAACCUGGGCACAGAAAUCUGGGAGACUAACAGCUCAGCUCUGUCAAUACAGUCAUCUGGAGGAGAUUCGUGGACCAAGCAGGUCUCCUUCACAGGCAGCGAGCCCAACUCUGAGGAUUCUGACGCGGGCCUUGAGCAGAGCAAGGAGCAGCACAAGCCUGGCCCCAUCGGCAACGAACGUUCACUCAAGCACCGCAAAGGCUCGGAGGGUGUGGAGCGUCUGGAGGGGAGGCCCAUCACGCCCGUCAACGGCGUGGACCUCCACGUGGACACGGUGCUGCCCGUGCCACCCAUCGAGUUUGGUGUCAGUGCCAAGGACUCUGACUUUAGUCUGCCACCCGGUUCCACCCCAGUGCCCGUGUCCAACCCUAUCACCAAGCUGCAGGACGCCCUCGUCAGCAACCCGGCCCUGACCCAGGCCAUUCCCAUGCUGCGUAGAGACCACCUACAGCCUGGCAUCAACCUCAACCCCAUCUCUUUCCCCAGUGCUGACCUCACACUCAAGAUGGAGUCGGCCCGUAAGGCGUGGGAGAACUCCCAGUCUCUCCCCGAGCAGGGCUCUCCUGGUGGGGGUACCACUGGCGCCCAGCCCCCUUGCAGCGUGGGCUCCUCCAGCGGGGUGAGCUACAGCUCUUUCGGAGGGGUGUCCAUGCCCAUUGCCUCCGUGGCGCCUUCCAUGUCCAUGCAGGGUAACCAUGUCCCCCCGCUGUAUCUGGACGGCCAUGUCUUUCCCAGCCAGCCUCGUCUGGUGCCCCCAACCAUGACCCAGCAGCAGAGCUACCAACAGGCGGCGGCUGCCCAGCAGAUCCCCAUCUCCCUACACACCUCUCUGCAGGCCCAGCUCGGUCUCCGGGGAGGCCUUCCCGUCUCUCAGUCCCAGGAGAUGUUCAACUCCAUUCCCUCCUUCAGGUCCCAGGUGUACAUGCAUCCCAAUCUGUCUCAGCCUAACCCCAUGGUGCUGUCAGGCGGUGGCCCUCUGAAGGGGCCCUAUUCGGCCUUCCCGGGCAUGCAGCCAUCAGACAUGGUCAAGCCCCAGUCGGGCUCCCACUACCAGCCCAUGAACGGCAGCCAGGCCAUGGUCUAUGACGGCCAGAUGAACCAGGGCCCUGGCAUGAGCUCCUCCCAGCUCAUGGACUCCCAGCUCAUCCAGGUGACCAUGCCCUUGCCGGGCUCCCAGCUGCGUUAUGGCUCUGCCCAGCAGCACCUCAUCCUGCCCCAAUCCAUCCAGCUCCAGCAGGGCCAGAACCUCUCCGUCGGAGCCGCCCGCAGGAUGCUCCCCCCUGGCUCCCAGCCCCCUGUCAUGACCGGCAGCAGAGAGAAUUUCCCAAUGUCUACUGGUCCGUAUACUACUUACAAGACCUCCCAGAUGGAAAUGAAAGGCUUCCAGUUCUCUGACAAGCCCAAUCACUCCCAGGGCAUGCCUGGAGGAUACAACAGACCAGGGUCUGCCAGCCCCAGUGGGAAGCAGUCUGGCCCCGUGGGCCCUCUGCCUGGGCAUUACACCCAGCAGGUCCCCCCUCCCCAGGGCAGCAUGGUUAUGCACAUGCGUCCCCCCACCACCGGCCCCUUUCCCACCCCCAUCCAGAGACCUGUCAUGCAGGUCAACAAGACAGUCAUCAUCCGCUCCCCCCCUUACCCCAAUCCCGGGCGCGAGCCACCCCACUCCACUCCCCCCUCGGCCCCCGAGCCCACCGUCAAGGGGCCGGAGGAUGGCAUGAAGAGUAAAGCCCUGCGAAAUGGGCACCAGCUGGUGGGUGAGGGGAAGGCACUGUCGUGGGGCCUGAUGACCAGCAAACUCCAGGAGUCCCUUCCCGGCUGGCAGGGCAAACCAGCACCAUGCACCUGAGCCAUCAAACCCCAGGCUGUCAAAGUGGAGGGCAAGGCAUGGCAACGGACCUUCAACCUCCACCCAACCUGCCUCUGGAAGACACAACCCCGUGCACCCUCUUUCGACCCACCUCCCAGCCUUCUAUUGCCAACCCCCAGAUCGGGCGCCAAACUAAGGAGCAGGCAGGCAUACUGUACCAACUCCCCGAACUACCAGAACCGGACACUUAUUAUUAUUAAACACUGUGUGUGUGUGUGUGUGUGUGUGUGUGUGUGUGUGUGUGUGUGUGUGUGUAUAUAAGCAGACUCAAGGUUCUCCUUAUUUAUUAACAUUGUCCUUUUUCGGGAGAAGAACGGUAACAAAAAAUAAAUAAAUGCACGUUUUCUGUGUUGCUCUGCAUCUGAAAAAGGAAACGAACAGCUCCUGCCGAUAGUUCACUCCUAGUUCCCCCCGUUUUUGCCACACUACUUUUUUGGACUAUAGCCCAGUAGAGGAGGCAGACACUUGACAUGUCACCACAAGAAAGCAAAUCUGUAAGCAUAAAAAACAAACGUGUCCUUUUCCCUCACUUUUUGAAGAAUUUUUCUGGUAGUUUUAAUCUUUUUUUUUUUAAGUAAGUAAUCAUCGCCUGUUUGCUCUAUUAUUAAAGGACUUCAAUGACAGAUUUUAAGGACAUCAUUGUGUGUAAACAUGGAAAGGUGGGAAUUGGGGCAGGUCGCCCUCAGAGCCCCCUGGGGUACUUCACACAGCUCGUGAACUGACAAAACUGCUUCGAUUUUUAGAAAAUGUUUCCGUUAUUUUUUUAAAGGCUGUUUUUUGCUUUUGUUUUGUCUCCUAUGUGUUUUGUAAACAGAAACAAAAACUAGGACAUUUUAGAGAAAUCAUCUUGCCUCAUUUGAAGCUAUCCUAGUGUUGAUGCAGUGUGCAUGUGAUGUGCUGAAUGUGUGUUAAUCGUAGAGCCUAAUCCAGGACCCUAUCGCAACAUUUCAAAAGACAGCGGAUACUGCUGCCGUAGUGUGACGUUUUGAUCAACCGAGCUGGCAAAAAAUGUGGUUUAUUCUAUAGUGUUGGGGAGUGGGGGAUAUCUAUAGUGUUUGGGAGUGACGACGGGCUUCAUUGACUUACUGUACGAUCUCAACAGCUGAUUGAAAUGUUGCUUUUUAUUGCUAUACUUUUGGUUGUAAUGAGUUGCUGAAAUCUGAAUUCACAUCUGAUACAUGUCAAGUGCUUUUAUAUUCCCGCUCCUAUAGUGUUUUUGUUUUUGCUCCUAGAGCUAUAAAACACUUCUCUAUUGUUUUUUUUUUUAACACAACUCGAUGGAAAGGUGGAGGGGUUAGUGAAGGAAUGAGUAGGCACACCUCCCUAGUGAACAUUCAGCACCAUGUAAGGCCUCUGGGGUGGCGCUAGCAAUAAACGCAGCCUAACUCUCAAUCAGGGUCCAAAUAUCUAUUUUUAUGUUACAAUUUCACGACAAAAGAGGGUGUUUAGAAUUGCUUGAUGAAUUGAUGUACUUUCUUCGCGUAGGUUUUUUGGUGAACGCUGCAGUUGUUUUGGGCUCUCUGAAGAAGGAAAUAUUAAAGCAUUUGUUUUGUUAGAAAAAUUAUAUGAACUGUUGGCAUCUGUGAUAUUAAAAAAAAAAGGGCACUCAUUUUGAAACUUACUAUUCCAAUGUCAUAACUGGUUAUAAAUAUUUCUGCGUAUUAAUGAUCCAUGACACUACAAAAUGUUCAGACUCAUAUUUUAUGGCAGUGUUUCACUGACGUCUGUACAUGAUGCAUACCUGUUCAACUAUAUUCAGAGUUACGGUCAGUUGGGGAGGGUGGGAGUCUAAAAACAUAUGUUUGAUUCAUAUAUUGUAUCACUAAUAAAAGGGUAAGUGUUUCAAAGGUCACUAUGAUGUUCUCACAGGGUGGACUGCUUUCACUUGUGGAUUGGCUUAUUGGACAUUGUGAUGGCUUUUUGCUGUGACGACCCUGUCAGUUUUUGGACAGAGACUGGAAGGUGUACACUGAAACGUCUUAUACACACCUGAGAAACUUCAUUUGGUUUCCGCCUGCUCUCGUCUUCACUCAUUACUGUACCUACACCAAGAUAUCAUCUUGAUGCUUUUUUUGUUGGUACUUUUAGGAUACAUAUUUCAUUUGUCAGAGGACCUGUGCACUCUGGAACUGAUCACACGGUCUAUUUAUCGUACCUGAUGUUUAUCCUUUCAGAUAUGUGAUCAUAUUCGCCCUUUCCUUAUUGAGAGAAAAAAUAAAGCAGUUGUGCUUUUUCAAAA